AUGGAGAAUCUGACAUACAACAGCUUUUUUUUGGAAUUAGAAGGAUUAAAGGUGUCGGAGGAGGCCAUGUAUCCUGCUUUUUUAUUCUUCCUUCUUUUCUAUGUAAUAAUUAUGGUGUCCAACAUUGGAAUAUUCAUUCUCAUAAUAGGACACAGAAGCCUACAUGAGCCAAUGUACAUGCUAUUCUGCAACUUGCCAUUGAAUGACAUCCUUGGCAAUUCCAUCAUGAUUCCUCGGCUGCUCAUGGACAUUAUAAAGCGACCAUCUGAGCGCUACAUCAGUUAUGUUGAGUGUGUUGUACAAGCUUUUUCUACACACACGUAUGGCACAACCUCCCAUACUAUACUAAUAAUCAUGGCUUUUGACAGAUAUGUGGCCAUAUGCCAUCCACUCCGGUACCAAACCAUAUUGACACAAAAAAUGGUCAUCACACUGUCAACUUUAGCUUGGGGUGUAGCGUUACUUUUCAUUAGCAUCUUGAUAGGCCUUACUCUAAGGCUCAACCGUUGUAGAACUUUCAUAUCAAAUCCUUUUUGUGAUAAUGCAUCUUUGUUUAAAUUAUCUUGUGAGGAUGUGACUGUCAAUAACUUGUAUGGGCUGAUAUACACAGUACUGCUGUUUGGUUCUUCUAUGGGAAGUAUAGCGAUUACAUACAUUAAAAUAGUCACUGUUUGCUUAAUAACUAAGAGUAAAACUUUAAACAGCCGUGCAUUGAAAACCUGCAGCACUCACUUGGCUCUCUACUUGAUUAUGCUCAUCAGUGGGUUUAUUGUUAUAGUGCUACAUCGCUUUCCUGCCUAUUCAGAUUACAGGAAACUGUCUUCUCUGCUGUUUCAUAUUAUUCCAAGCAUUUUGAAUCCGAUCAUUUAUGGGCUGCAGUGCACUGAGAUUAGACAGGUCCUGAUUCAGGUGGUGCAGUUAAAAAAAAAAGUAGGGCCAUGA